AUGUUUAAAUAUUGGAAAAUUUAUAGUCCUGUUUUCAUAAUGACUAAAGAAGAAGAUAAAAAUUUUGCUUCAAAUACUUCUCUAUUAUUCAACAAUGGAAAUACAUAUAUUGGAAAAGGCUUAGUGAAAAAUAAAAAUUUAAUGUAUUUAUUAAAGGAAAUUAAUUUAACUUACAAAAUGUAUGUAUUAAAAGGGAGCUUUGAUUGUAAUGCAGAUUUCCAUAUUGAAAAAUUUGGAUUAAAAUAUAAAUUAGAGUCAAAAUACAAAUUGGGGUAAGGUUUUCCUGUAAGUUUGAAAUUACAUUUUCAAGAAUAUUCUUUUGAAUGUAACAUCAAUUACUUUUUGUAUAAAAUUAAAGGAAAUUUGGAAACAGAUUUUUUUUUAGAUAUUACUGGAUUGAUAAAAAUAAAUAAAUGCGGUUUUGAAUUUGGUUUUAAUCCUAUAUUAGGCUUUAAUUUAAAUUUAAUUUUUUCUUUAAAUUUUCUAACAACGAAAAGGAACAUAGUUACCUUAAAGUUGAUUGGAAUUGGUAAGCAAUUCUAAGUAUAAUGAAUUUGUCAAAAGGUAUAGUAAAUUCGAUAUUAAAAAUACUAUUUGUAAUAAAAUGGGGUUUAGAAUUCCUUGGAGUAAAACGAUAUUUAGGAGUCACAAUAAAGUCAGACAAUUAUUAAAUAAAAUAAUCGAUAUGUAAUAUCAAAACACAACUUUAGGAUUUGCUUAAAAGUAGCUUUGAUGCUGACAUUUCUGAUGAACUCAAUAAAAUGUAGGAAGAAGUAGAUUAUUUUAAGCAAUAAAAAGAGAAGGAGAAGAAAAAGAACGUGAAAAAAUAAAACAAGAAAAUAACAAAAAAGAUUAGUAAGAUUAUAAUAAUGAAUAUAAAGAUUAAAAUAACUAAUAAAAAGAUAAUAAAAAAAGUCUAACCAAUAUUAAAAGCAAUAGCAUCUAGACCAAAAAGAUGA